AUGUCUAUAAAAUCAAAAACAAAUUCAGUAAAACAUGAACCAUAUCUAUAUAGACCAACAAAUAUUUUAACUAGGUCAAGAACCAAGGCAUUUGAUGAAUCAUGUACUAUAAAAGAAAAAGAUAAAGGAUUCAAAUCAACUUAUAUCAAAGCUAAAACCAUUCAAAGGAAAAAAAAACAAAUAAAAGAGUCAUUAGAUGAAGAAAUAAUUGAGCCAAAAGAUUUUGAUAUUAAAGAUUCUUGUGAAAAUGAAGAUAAUUGUGAAAAUGAUUUUAGUGGUGAUGAAGAAAUUGAUAAUAAUUUAACAAAUAAAAAAUUAAUAGAAAAAAAAAAACAUUGUCUUGUUGAAGCAAAGUGUAGAAGAAGAAGAAUUGAACUUUACAAAAAUUUACACAACGUUAUUGAAUCAAUUGAAGAAAAGUUAAAUCACCAAAUCCCACUCUAUAAAAUAAUUGAUAAUAGAAGAAAAGUUGAUAUAAAAAAUGGAAAAUAUACUCAAGAACACAUACUCCGAAAAAUUUAUUCCACCAUUUUAAUCAAUGAAAAAUUUAUUAAAAAUAAUAAUCAAUCAAAAAAUUUAAUAAAUUCAAAUAAUGACACAAUUGAAGAUGAAAAUAAAAAUGAAAAUGAAAAUGAAGAUGAAAAUGAAAAUGAAAAUGAAAAUAUUGGUGAAAUUAAACAAAAUCCAAUUGAAAAAAUUGGUUAUUAUGGAUUAAAGAACUUGCUUCUUGCAAGUGAAAUUGACGGUGAAUAA